AAAAAAAAAGUUUGACGUUUGUUAUGCUUUGUGUCAGUUUGUGUUUGUUGUUUUCGCGUUAACAGAUUAGAACAUAAAAAAAUUUAAAAAAUGAAUUUUACUUAAACUUAAAAUUAUUAUUGCCGCCAAAUAUAAAUAGUUCAAAUCAUUAACUAAAUUUCUACCGAAUUUAAAAUUUUUUGCUGUCUAAAAGCUAUGCAUAGCUACAAUCGCAAUAUAUGUUAAAGCCUCAUAUUAUUGUGGUAUUCGACUGUCUUGGAAUAAACAGUAUUAAUCGUCAAGAAAACUCGGACAAUCUGUAAAAAAAUAUGCAAAAAUACAAGAAACCACUCUAAAAGAAAAAAUGAAAAUUUAAAUAUUAAUUUAGUUAAUAAUGUUCAUUCGAAUCUACAAAUUCUAAUUUAGAAUAUUUUUGCGAAAUACCUUUGUCGUGUGGCAAACGCCUUUUUUUCCAGUGACCAUUAAUCACGGAAUGUCGCAAGAUGGUCCCAUUGUUUUCGUGGAUGUAGCUACUGAAUACAAAAAUGUAUAUACACCCGAAGAACCUGUUACGGAAACAGUAGCCGUCCAGAACAACACCAAUACGAGUAGCAUCCAGAAUUUCAAGUGUAAUGAGUGCAAUAGAACCGUAGACAGUGAAGAGAAAUUAAGUCAACACAUACGGAGGGCACACCGUGGAGAAAAUGCUUUUCAAUGCUCGAUGUGUCAAUACUCGACAUACAAUAAAAGUGGAUUCGAAGAACAUGUUAGGAUACAUCAAGGUAUAAAACCAUUUAAAUGCUCCUACUGCCCUUAUAGGAGCGUUUCGAAGAAAUACGCCAAGAAGCACGAACUGAUCCACCGGCCCGAUAACCCGUUGAGAUGUCAGCACUGUCCUUACAUAGCGCGGAACUAUCGCAUGUUGAAUUCCCACCAGAAGAAGUUGCACAGCAACGAGAAACAACGGGUUAUCAUCGCGUGCACGUUGUGCGGGAAGAAAUUCGACGAUAUGAACGUUUAUUUCGCUCACAAGAAACGCAGGAAGCAGUGUGAUGAGUGCGGUCUAGAGGUUUGUCAUCAGGCGAUGAACAGGCACAAACACGAGAAACACGGCGUGAAAAGAAAAGUUCGCGGCAAAGACGUUUUCACAUGUAAAAUAUGCGAAUGGUCUUCGGUAAAUAAAGUUAAGGUUUUGUUGCACAUCAUUCAUCACCCCGAACAGGAUUUGAGCGAUUGCAGUUUCGAUUUGAGCGUUCUGAAGAAAUGUCAAAUUUUGCCGCCAUAACGUCGUGGAGAGAAUAUGUGUGCAUAGAAAUUUGGCGCGAAAUAUAUUUUUUUAAUUGUCAAAAUUUUAAUUAUAGUACACGCGAUACCGUAUCUAUGGAAAAAGGCCCUAUAGCAAAGGGAAAUAAAAAUAUCGCGCUCUGUUUAUUAUGCUUUUAGUCACAAGUUCCCUCCUAAAAUAUAAAUAAAUGAGUUUUUGUUCUCCGAAUUUAACAAUGUAUUAUAGUCGACUAUAGAUAUUGACAUUUAAGCAUUUGGACUUUGUAAGAAGAACUUGUUUGUUUGAUGUUGUUUUUUUAAAUUGAAUUAUGAAGUUUGAGUUUAUGAGUAAUGUAUAUAAAAUGAAAUAAAAGAAUAAGUAUAUAACACAAUAGGCAAAGGUAUACAUGAAAUAAACUUAUUUUGAGAUAUUUUUA